AGUUGCCCGUUGAAUGUAAACGUAAACGAAAACAGUGCAAACAUAACAACAACUUUACUGCAUCACCUGGGUGGAUUCGAAUUCGAAGUUGGUUUUGUUUACUAGUGCACGAAAGGCAUUGAGUAAAAAUGGAAGAGGCUGAAUUUAUCAUCCCUCACAGCAUCGACGAACUUUUAGAAUUCAAUGAGAACCAGUAUUCGGUCCAAGAUGUUCUUACACCAGUUGAAAUCCGCGACCAAUACACAGGCCUUCGUUUGGCCUUGAGCGAAGACCUCGGCGACUUCAUUUUCGGAAAAUUCGAUCUGCUCUACAGCUGUAUUAAAAACUUCCAGCAGCUGUCACCAAAGGUUACCCUGGAAGUAUGGGAUCAGAGUUUAAAAGCCUUUGGCCUGCAAGUUUCCAACCUUCGCCCAUUUCUGGAGAAGGGAAAUAUUGACAGCAACAUCCGUGAAAAGCUCUUGAGGAACACUAAAAUGAUUCUUUACGUUUGCACUGAGCUGAUGUACAAGUUUGAAGAGAGAUGCAUCUCGGAGAGAGAACUCACCAGCAAACCUACAAAAGGUAAGAAGAAGGGUGCUCAACACAACGAUUUUAACUGGGAUGAGGAGAAAACCAGCGGCAUCCACGAGCUCUUCAAACUCGUCAGUCUGCCCCUUAAAAAUCUGUGGAAGAAGGCCAACAUUUCGGACGAUUUCUUGGAUCAAAUUUCGAGAAUCUGUCUGAAGCUGCUGGAGGACCGAGAAAUCGGCUUUGUUGGCAAGAAGGCUAUGAGGGACUCAAUUUUCCAGAUCCUCUCCGUCCUCUGCAAGGAGUACAUUUUCGGGCUCUCUUUAAUUCCUAGGCUGCUGCAGCUACUUAUGCUGCACGAGCACCUGGCAGUGCCGCUCGCCAGCAGUAUUUCUAACCUGGAGCAGACGGGUGGCAACGCAGGACUGCUGCACCUGAUUUUGACGGAAAUUGAAGGGGACUCUGACAUCACUCCAAAAGCUGGCAGCCACUUUGGUUCUUUUGUCGUCGCUCUCUCGCAGCAGCACCCAGCCAGUCUUGUUCCGCACAUAGAGAUUCUGGCAGAUAUUGCAGAAAGCGAGCCGUACACACUGCGCACAGGCAUUCUGGAAGCCACCAAGAAUCUCCUUUUGCAAUUGUACUCCAGUCAAGAGCUGGAUGAAAAUCAGAAGUCAGAAAAGGAAGCUCUUCUCGAAAUUCUUGACAAUCAUCUGAUCGAUGUUAACGCCUACGCCAGAUGCAAGGCUUUACAGGGAUGGACGAGCCUGUGCGAGGCGGAGAUGCUGCCAGUGAAACUGCUGCUGGAUAUUCUUGAGAAGGCCGUGGAAAGAACGCUGGACAAGAGUAGCUACGUCCGCAAAGAUGCCCUCAAAUUCCUGAAGACGUGCCUUGAGCACAAUCCAUUCUCAGGAAAUUUGGACAAGGAGAAGAUUGGAAAGCAGUUAGAGGCCGCGACCGCCAAGCUGAUCACACUGCAGGGUAAUGCAGGCGUGGCUGAUUUCAGCGUUGAUGAGGUUUGGGCGGCAAUAGAAAAGCAGGUGCAGAUAAUUGUACAUAAAGCACUGGCGCAAGAUUUGGCUGACAAAGAGAAUGAACCAGCCGAGGAAAAGGUUGCAGAAGAAAACAAGGAUUCCGAUAAGGAAAACAAAAGCGAGGAGGACAAAAAUGAAAAACACACCGAAGAUAUGGAAAAGGAACUCCAAGAGGGGCUUUUAAAAGCUGGCAAUCUGCUGUUAGAUGAAAAACUAGAAGAGGCAGUGCAGCUGGCGUUGGAGCUGACCAAAAAGCAUGACAAGGACAACCACUUUGGAAUUGCAAAAAAUCAAGAGAACGAAAAGGACGAUAACGAGGACCAGCAGGCUGAUUUAAUGUGCACCUUGUUGAAAACAGCACUCACAGCUGUGCAGCCAGAAACUGCGGACAUUGAACUUCCUGAAGACGUUCAGGUGGAAAUUAAGAAGAAGAAAGAAACUAUCAAGUUUUUAAAGAACUGUCUGCACAUUUCAACGCAAAUUGGCGUCGCCAGCGAGAACGUGCGAAUGCUGCUUGCCACAAGCCAAACAACAGACCUGGUGGAGGCGAUUGACUUCAUAGCGUCAGCGCAGCAGUUUGGUCUGCUGUCGGAGGAAGACAGUGCGUUGAAGCUGCUCGAGUUCCUGCACAGCAAGGACCUGGCGCUCAAGAAAGCUGUCACUGACGCCUGCAAGAAAAUCUACCUCUCCAGCAUUGAUCCUGAGAACAAUGUGGAGAUCACAUUUGAAGGCUAUGUAGAGGCGAUGAAGAAGAUAAGCUCAAUGGUGCACUAUGCGCGACCCUGCUUCAACAAAAGCAUCGCCCUGCUGGUGCAGACUUGGGUCAACGAUGGCAGCAUUAAUAAUGAGUGCUUAUUUGCUCUGUGGGAAAUGGUUGAGAGCAAAAACAAAAGCGAGUGUGUCCCAGCCCUGCACACCCUGAGCAUUGCCCUAGAUGGCAAGUCUAACCUGGUGCAAGAGAAAAUUGCGACGCUGGACAAAAUCGGCUUUGGCAGCAGAGGCGAGGGCUGCUUUGAAUUGGCCAAGUGGGCGGCCGCCGUGCUCUGUCACGCCACACCAAAAAUCACCGCAGAGACGCUGACCAAUCCCUUCAGGAUACCAUUUACUGAUGACAUAUUCACGCACAUGUCCAACCUGCUGAUCAAGGGCGUGUUCAAGCUCGGAGACAAGGACUAUUGUGGUCUCGCAGGCUACUUCGUCAAAGCCAUUUUUAAGACCUGUUUGAAGCCGCUGUCGCUCAUCGAGGAGAUUCUGAGGAAGAUGCACGAAGAGGUGCGAAAGUACAAUCCAGCUGACUACCCAGAAAACAAAAACCACAGCGCAGAUGCCGAGGAGGAGCGCGAGGACGUGCCCUUGACUCAGCUCGCCACUCAGGAGACAGAUGCACCGCCUACCCAGCCAACCGACACUCCAACCCUCGUAGAGUCGAUUUCACAUGUUGUCCUUCUCAGAUACGUUUACGUGAUCGGCCUAGUGGUGGAAGAGCUGCACACAUUCAUUUACGAGGACAUCAUGGCAGAGAUCCGCAGGCAGAAGACCCUGGUGGAGUUGGAAAAGAACCGGAGGCGCAUACGUCGCUCGCGGGCUGACACGACAGCCAGCAGCGGCCUAGAUGAUGACGAGGAUGGCUCCCUGUUCGACAUCAAAAAGCUAAUGCAUAGCUCGAGCAAGUACUUCAUCAAUAAUACUGAGGAAGAGAACCUGGAUGCACUGCUCAGGCUUUGCGACAAUGAGGUCCUCUUCAAGGACAACCUACUGGGCAAACUGCUGACGUUCGUGCAGGACUGCUUUACCUCCAGGCACUGUCACCACCAUGGGCUCAGGAUCGUCGCCAUCCAGACCUUUGGGAAAUACAUGCAGUUGUCGCCUAAUUUCUGUUCCCAGAAUUUGCUAAAAUUUGUUACCAUUCUGGCCAAGAGCAAAGAUUCCAGGGUGAAAAUCGCCUGCAUCCACACCUUGGGCGAUUUGUUAAAGAAAUUCCCAAACCAGUGCGAGCCUUAUUCACCUUUUGUCUAUGAUUGCUUGAAGGAGUCUGACUCAAGUGUCCGCUUUGAGGCACUGGUGGUGAUCUCCAAGCUUAUACUCAGCGACAUGAUCAGGGUGAAAUUUCAAAUUUCGUCGCUGGCGCGGUGUCUGACAGACACUGAUAUGCGGUGCCAAGACCUGGCCAGAUACUUCUUCGCAACCUUGGCCAAGAAGGGUAAUAUCCUUUAUAACCUGGUGCUCGACAUGAUCUCGCAACUGUCCAUCGAGUACUCAGAAAGCAACCAAACUAGCUUUGAGGAGAUCAUGAACGAGAUCCUGCCGCACAUUGACAAGGACAAGCAGGUGGUGGCGCUGGUGGAGAAGCUGAGCAGCAGGUUCAAGGAUAAGGCUGAAGAGGUUGAGUGCUACAACCUGGCCCUGUGCAUCAGCAAACUGCCCGUCACUGCCAAGUCUGUACACGCCUGCAAGGAAGCGCUGAUGGAAUCUCUACCGCACUAUGCUGACAAGCUCAAGUACCCCACUGUCAAGAGCAAGUUUGACGAAAUUGUGCAAAUGGUCAGGAAGCAAAUGAAAGCUGAAGGAAAGGACGAGUGCGAGAAGUGGCAGGAAGUGUUGGACUCAUGCGCCAAAGGCAAGGAUUCUGCAAAACUGGCCAUCGCGGGACUUGCUGAGGCAGUGAAAGUUGAGCCUAAAGAGAAGCGUAAGGCCAAGGCUCCACGGGGAAGGAGGAAGGCGCGCAAAGACUCGAGCAGCGAUGACGACAGUGACGGGGAAGCCGCCGUGGCAGCACCCAAGACGCCGCGCGCGCCAAGGAGCCAGCGGAAGAAGUUGGUCGACUCUGACGAUGAUGACGACGACUCCAUCAUCCAGACGGCCGCCAGACACAAGCGAAAGCCGGCUGCCAAGACGCCGGCCACCCGCAAACAAGUCAUCCUAGAAGAGGAUGAGGAGGAAAUACAGAGUCCUGUCAAACAGAGACGUGCCCGUGGAAAGAAAGAUUGUUGAAUCAGAUUGAUUUAUACCCUUCUUCAAGUCUAUAUUUUCAAGAACUCUCAGUUAUUUCUCAUUAAAGCUAUAAUUAUGGAAAUUUACCAAAUUAAAAAUAAAUGAAAUAGUAUUUUUUCAUUA